AUGAGUUGGAACUGUGACGAAUCGGGUAUUCACGAUGCCCGAAUGACUAGUCAUAGCCACACUCAUUUGUCACCGAUAUGGGUCAGUGAGGUUGUAGAUGGACUAAAACUGCGUAGAUCCAUGAACAAGCCUUUGAUUCCUGGACGACGUCACUUAUCCGUCAACGAGAUUAUACCGCCAGCGCCACAUUAUCGAUCGAUUGUGCUGCUGCGUAUACGCUGUUUUUAUUCUAUUUACCCCCGUUUCCGCGAGAGACGUGGUCAGGCCCGUUGGCCGGCGUCUCUUCUGCUCGACUUCUUUUUUCUCUUCUUCCUCUUCUUUCCUUUUCGGAACAUCGGUUUUCGCCAACUAUUGAAACCAGGCUGUUUAUACAGUUUGGUUGACAGUCUUAAGAAUUCAGAUUCGUCUGCUAUCCUCACCCGAAUCCAGGGUACCAUAAUACCCCGGAUAUCCCUGCUACUGGCCGUCACGUUGUUGUUCUCGUUGAUUGCUGCUGUUGGCCGGCCAUUCACCCGACGACAGAGAACAUUCGGACCGACCUCUAUGUGCACCCACACGUCUCCCGAGAUGUUUGUGGAUCGCCGCCUGCGAUGUCGCACGCGUCGGCUUGCGCUCUUCGCUGAGUAUUAG